UUGUGUCCGUCGCCGAUUCCCUUCCGCCAGCCGCAAGAGGGGAAGGCUUUUUCUGGGACGCUUUCACCUUGUAGGAAGCGCCUCAAGGGGGAGAUGCUCUUUUGUGGCGGGACAUGGCAGGGCUGAUCAAUUUCGAGGAUGAAGAGGAGGUGAAGGGCUACCUGGAGAACCUGGGCGUCGAGUACAGCUUCCAGUGCUACAAGGAGAAGGAGCCCGACGGUUGUCACCGUCUGGCAGAAUACCUAGAAGGAGUGAAGAAAAACUUUGAGGGAGCUGCUAAAGUGCUAAAGGAGAAUUGUGAAACUAAUUCACACAGUGAAAGCUGCUACAAACUUGGAGCUUACUAUGCAACUGGAAAAGGUGGCCUCCCUUUAGACCUGAAAACUGCAUACAAUUGCUUUUUGAAAUCUUGUAAGAAAGGAGGGAAGAAAUCCACAGAUGCUUGUCACAAUGCUGGAUUGCUGGUACAUGAUGGACGGGUGAAUGAUGAUGAGAAGCCCAAUGCACCCCUUGCCAGGGACUAUUACAGUAAAGCUUGUGAUGCGGGUUUUGCACCCAGCUGUUUUAACCUUAGUACAAUAUAUCUUCAAGGAGUCCCUGGGAUAGCAAAGGAUAUGAACCAGGCCCUGAACUAUUCUCUGAAAGCAUGUGAUUUGGGCCAUGUAUGGGCAUGUGCUAAUGCAAGCCGAAUGUAUAAACUGGGAGAUGGAGUUGAGAAGAAUGAUGCCAAGGCAGAAACCCUAAAGAAUAGAGCAAAAGACUUGCACAGGGAACAACAGAUACCUGCAAGAUCGUUAACAUUUGGAGAGUAAGCCUAGUCCAGUGAUCUACAACCUUCACAAGAAGCAUAUUUUAUUAAGCGGUGCAGAAAAUUGGUCUACAGAGCCGCUUCAUUGUACACAUUGAAGAUAUAUUUGUGAAAGCAAGUUUUUUAAUAGCCUGUAUAUUUUAGGGUGUUAAUUUUGGGGGAGUAAAUUUAAUUAAUCUAAAAUAUGAAAUGAAAAAGUCCUAUUUAAAGUCAGAACAAAAAUGUCUGUUCACAUUAGAAUGUGUUUUUUUCAAUGUGUUGAACAAUCAAAUCUUUUGUGACAUCCAGAAAAUGUAUGCAAUGCAAAGGAACCUAUUUUCUUAGUAGAGCAAUUCCCUUUUGCACCACAGUCCUCUAUUUACUUCCAGCAAGCAGAGAAGUAAAGAGGGAAAGGAGACAAGGAGAAAGAAAAGGCUGCUGUCCUAUAGACUCCUAACAGCAAAGGUGGGAAUCAUGCUGCCUUCUAAUGUUGAAUUUAUAGCUCCAAUGUUUUUCAUCCUUGCCUACUAGGUAGAACUGCUGAGAGUUAGUUCAACACCUAAGAGGCCACAUGUUUUCAAACCCUCCUUAACAGGGAUGUUGUAAUCAGUGGGACUUACUUUUGAAUAGGCGUGCACAGAAUCAUGCAUAUAAGAUCCUGUUGUGUGUAAAUACUUGUAAUUGCAGUACAGUACAGUGACAUGCAAUGAAUUAAAAUAAUGUUCUAAUUAAAGACUAAAA